UUUUUAAUUGAAAUUUUUUGCCUAUGUAAACCUUUCAAAAUGAGUAUUGUAAAUCCUGGAAAUAUUGUUAACCAACCAAUUACUUUGCCUGGACCAGAAUUUAUUUACUUAACCUCAGCAGAAACUGAAGAUGAUCUCAAUUCUAUAAAAUGUGCAAAUCAAGUCCAUUUCAAAUCUUAUUCUUCAAAAAAUUGUUGGACAAAAUAUGAAUGUGAGAGAAGUUCUUCCACCCAAGGCAAAUGUAAAUUUCUUUUAUUGGCAGCUAGUUGUGAUCCAAACAACGUUCAUAGGCUCUUUAAUAUUUAUUUUAGUGGGGUACACAAUCAUGAAGUUGAGCAAAUUGAAAGAGCGCCUUCUCGAAAUAUAAUGCAAAACACUGAAAAUUCUUUUGUAAAUAAUGACGAUGAUAUCCAAAUCUUGUCUGACACAAUUUUUGAAAAUUCAGUUGCAACAGAGACAUCACCAACAAAUCAGCCAGCGGUUUAUCUAAAAAUACUUUUUUUUCUAAAUUUAUUAAUUUAGCUCAAUGAAAUUAGAAAGAAAUUUCCUUUUUUCAGAACUUGCCAAAGCUUUAAUCAUCUCGAGAAUUUGCGACGUUCCGAAGGUCUUUUGAUUGACAAACAGUUUAAUGUAGUCAAUGGAAUUCCAGGUUUUUUUAGUGUUUUUUUUUGCAAAAUAUAGUUGAAUGUGGUUUUUUUAAAGAAGAGCUUUACUUUUUGUUUUCGAGUUUGAGGAUUUAAGGCCUUGGGAUAAAAAUUUUUUAUUUUUUUAAUCAA